GUUUUGGCUCUCUGUGCCGUCCGGCGUUGAAGAACAAGUCUCCUUCUUCUCUUCAAUCAUUUCUUUACUCUCCUCUUUAACUUCUCCCCUAAACUUUGCACAUACCACAACACAAUCUCUCUCUAAACUGAUCUCUUCACAACAAAUGGCCAACUUCUUCCCCGUUUCUUCGCCGGCGGUUUCUCCGCCACCGAGCCGGAGCAAUCGAUGGUUAGAAUAUGUUGUCGGAGUGGGGGUGGUGGCGUCGUUAGGCGCAUUGCUAUUUUGUGUAUUUCGCAGGAGAAUUAUGCGGAAACUUCGGGAAGGGCUGGGGCGAAGCCGUAAGGGAAGUGUGAAGGAGGAGAAGUUGAAGCUGAGAAGGUUUGAAUUUGAGGAAUUGGAGAAGGCAACGAAGAAUUUCAGUGGGGAAUAUUUGUUGGGAGCUGGCUCGUUUGCCAGUGUUUAUAAAGGUGUUUUUGAGAGUGAAGGGGAAAUUGUGGCUAUAAAAAGACCUCAUGCUGAUUCCUAUACAUCUCUUGAUGAAUUUCGAAAUGAAGUGAAGCUGUUGUCAUCAGUAAAGCACAAGAACUUGGUAGCUUUGGUGGGAUACUGUGAAGAAACUACAGGAAAUGGACGAGAGAGAAUAUUGGUAUAUGAAUAUGUACCAAAUGGAUCGCUACUAGAUUACAUGAUUGGUCGUGGAGGAAGAAGCUUGACUUGGAGACAAAGAGUUAAUAUAGCUAUUGGAGCAGCUAAAGGUAUGCAUUUCUUACUCAAAAUACUAGAAUACACCUGAGUAUCACUCGUUGUAUAGUACGACCAACCUAAGAAAAAUAAUUACAUUUUGUGUUGGGGAAGGGAUUGGUCACCUGCACAAAGGGAUGAGGGCAAGCAUAAUCCACAGGGACGUAAAGCCAAGCAAUAUAUUGAUUGGAGAUGGAAUGGAGCCGAAGGUUUGUGACUUCGGGCUGGUGAGAUCGGGCCCUGUUGGUGACCGGUCGCACGUUAGCAGCCAGAUCAAAGGCACGCCGGGCUACUUGGACCCUGCUUAUUGCUCAACCUUUCACUUGACUCCUUUCAGCGAUGUAUACAGCGUUGGCAUUAUUCUUCUUCAACUCGUUUCUGCCCGUCCAGUUCUUGCUUCCAACCAGCCCCUCCCUGAUUCUCACAUUGUUCGAUGGGUAACCAACCUUUUUGUUGAAUUUCGUUUGAAUUUUAGAUGAAAAAUGAGACUUAAAACGGGUAUGCCAGUAACCAAAAGGUGUUCCGAUAUUAGAAUUACAGUUUUCAUUUUAAACCUCAGUUUCCAUCCAAUAUUCUAAGUUAUAACAUG